AUGGCUCCAAACGCUGCGGACAAAUGCCCCGUCAUGGGCAAUGCUGGGGAGAAAUGCCCUGUUAUGAACCCGAGUGGAUUCACGUCUUCCAUUCAAAGCCAUGGCCCUAGAGAUAUUUACACGCUUGAGGCAUUGUCCCAUUUUAAUCGAGAAAAAAUUCCUGAGCGACCGGUUCAUGCCAAAGGGACCGGAGCAUAUGGAGAGUUUGAGGUGACUGCUGAUAUUUCCGACAUUUGCAAUAUUGACAUGCUACUUGGAGUGGGCAAAAAAACUCAAUGUGUCACUCGUUUCUCAACAACUGGCCUUGAGCGUGGCUCUUCUGACGGAGUCAGAGAUUUGAAGGGCAUGGCUGUUAAGUUCUUCACAGAGCAAGGAGACUGGGAUUGGGUGUCUCUCAACUUCCCAUUUUUCUUCAUCCGCGAUCCAGCCAAGUUUACCGACAUGAUCCAUUCACAACGUCGAGAUCCGCGAACAAAUCUAUUGAACCCCAAUAUGACCUGGGAUUUUGUCACCAAGAACCCCGAGGCAUUGCACAUGACUCUUUUGCAGCACAGUGAUUUCGGAACCAUGUUUACAUGGCGAACACUGAGCAGCUACGUCGGCCAUGCUUUCAAAUGGGUAAUGCCUGAUGGAUCAUUCAAAUAUGUUCACUUCUUUCUGGCGUCAGAUCGUGGCCCUAACUUCACCGAUGGGUCUACAGCGAAGAUUGACCCCAAUGAUCCAGACUUCGCCACCAAGGACCUUUUCGAAGCCAUAGAACGUGGUGAUUACCCCAGCUGGACCGCCAAUGUGCAAGUUAUCGAUCCGAAGGAUGCGCCUAAAUUAGGCUUCAAUAUACUUGACGUUACAAAGCACUGGAACUUGGGAACAUAUCCCAAAGGGCUAGAUACUAUUCCGUCUCGUCCAUUUGGAAAACUCACUCUGAAUCGCAACGUGAAAGAUUAUUUUUCUGAAGUUGAGAAACUCGCGUUUUCACCAUCCAACCUUGUUCCUGGUGUGGAACCUUCUGAAGACCCUAUUCUUCAAGCUCGUAUGUUUGCAUACCCGGAUGCUCAGCGUUACCGCCUAGGAAUUGAUCACCUCAAAGCCCCUCUUCGCCGCAAGGAAACUUCUUGCCAACAGGAUCUUGGCCCUGAGUUCAACAAUUGGCUUUCCCAGGUUACCUCAGAGGCAUGGUCUCACCCACAUGAGGAUGACUACAAGUUUGCUAGGGAGUACUAUGAGGUCCUCCCCGAAUUUCGUAGCCAGGAGUUCCAGGAUAGAAUGGUUGAAAAUCUGUGCAAGUCGAUUGCCCCAGGGCCAGAUGAACUAAGGAAGCGAGUUUACGAUACGUUCGAACUUGUAUCGUCUGAGCUUGCGCGUCGCAUCCGUGAGGGAACAGAGGCAAUUGUUACGGAGAAAGCGCGACCCGACUCGCCUUCAAGGGCCCAACCUGGACAGUUGAGACUUUAG